AUGCCUCCCAAGAAAGCCCCCCGCGUUCAGGAGAACAUCUCCCUGGGUCCCCAGGCGAGAGACGGCGAGCUCGUUUUCGGCGUCGCCCGCAUUUUCGCCAGCUUUAACGACACUUUCGUCCACGUUACCGAUCUCAGUGGACGAGAAACUCUCUGCCGUGUCACUGGCGGCAUGAAGGUGAAGGCCGACCGCGACGAGUCGUCUCCUUACGCUGCCAUGUUGGCUGCCCAGGACGUUGCUGCCCGCUGCAAGGAACUGGGCAUCAACAGCUUGCACAUCAAGAUCCGCGCCACGGGCGGUAACGGCACCAAAACCCCCGGCCCCGGUGCGCAGUCUGCGCUUCGCGCCCUCGCCCGUUCCGGCAUGAAGAUCGGCCGCAUCGAGGACGUUACCCCUACUCCUUCGGAUAGCACCCGCAGGAAGGGCGGUCGCCGCGGUCGCCGCCUGUGA